UCCUGCAGAAAUAAAUCUAUGUUGCAUAUUUUCUCCUCCUGUAAACAAAGUCCAUUGAGAUGGAUAUCAUAAGACAAGAAAUUGAACCGUAAUAGAUUAUAUCCACAGACAUCAGUUUUCAUGAAUUCCACUGGUGUUGAUAUGGAGGAUGGUAAUCACUCAGGCACUUCUAAUACAAUUGUUUCUGAUGAUACAGAUUCUGUUAAACAGACAUCCAACGUGAGGAAACCAUUAUCUCAUAAAGAAGGGUUGUCAAAGAAAAAUAUUAAUUGUGAAAUAUGUGGAAAAUCUUUUGCGAAUUCCAGUAAUUUAAUAAAACACAAAAGAUUACACACUGGGGAAAAACCAUUUCAGUGUGAGAUUUGUGGUAAAUCAUUCAAUCAGAAAUACCAACUUAUUGUCCACAAACGGAGUCACACUGGAGAAAAACCCUAUCACUGUGAUAUAUGUGGAAAAUCAUUUGUUGAUUCCACUAAUUUAACAAGUCACAAACGAACACAUACUGGAGAAAGAUCUUUUGUCUGUCAAAUAUGUGGAAAAUCAUAUACACAUAAUUCUCGCCUUGUUGACCAUGUACGAAGUCACACAGGAGAAAAGCCUUUCCACUGUGAAAUAUGUGGAAAAUCAUUUGUCACUAAUAGUUCUUUGAGCAGUCACAGCAAAAUUCACACUGGAGAGAAACCAUAUCAGUGCGUUAUAUGUGGGAAAUCUUUUAUUAAUAAUAGUGCCUUAAAAAUUCACAAAAGAAUUCACACUGGGGAGAGACCUUACUGCUGUGAUAUAUGUGGAAAAUCUUUUCUCAAUAGUGGUUGUUUAUCAAAUCACAAAAGAAUUCACACCGGAGAAAAGCCUCAUCACUGUGAACUAUGUGGGAAAUCCUUCAUUGAUAGCUCAAAACUUGUUAUCCACGUGCAUAGUCACACUGGAGAAAAGCCUCACCGCUGUGAAAUAUGUGGAAAAUCAUUUAUUAGGAAUUCUUGUCUUGUAGUUCACAAAAGGGUACACACUGGAGAGAAGCCUUAUUAUUGUGAGAUAUGUGGAAAAUCGUUUAUUAAUAUCUCAAAUCUCAUUGUUCACAGAAGAAUACAUACAGGAGAAAAACCAUUCCCUUGUGAAAUAUGUGGGAAAUCUUUCUGUUCUGGCAGUGAUUUAAAAAGACACACUAUUGUACACACUGAGGAAAAAGAAUUUCACUGCGAAAUAUGUGGGAAAUCUUACUUUAAUAAUUGUGGUUUAAAUAGACACAAAAGAAUUCAUGAUGGAGAAAAAACAUUUAACUGUGAAAUUUGUGGGAAAUCUUUCUUCUAUAAUUGUAGUCUUAAAGUCCAUAUUCGUAGCCACACUGGAGAAAGGCCUUGUUCCUGUGAAAUAUGUGGUAAAUCAUUUAUUUGUAAAAGUCACUUGAAUAGCCACGUUCGAACACACAGGAAAGGAAAACCUUUGAAUUGUGAUUCAUGAGAAAUACUUUGUUUGUAAUUCUUAGUCUACUGACAUGUAUUCACCGAAGAUUGAUCAUUGUGAAUUAUAGAAGGCUGGAGAUUAUCUCAGCUAACAACAAACAAGAUGAGGACAAAUAUCCGUCAAAUGUAAAUAAUGGUGAAUUAUGUUGGAAUUGUUUCUCUUUGAAAUCUUGUAUUGCAGUUUUGAAUGUGCUUUGAUAUGUGAGACACUCUUUUAGAAACAGACUUGAAAAUUAUAAACUUGUGUAUGAAAAGAUACAGAGCAAAUAUAAAUGUUAUUCUGGUA